AUGGAGCCUAUGGAGAUAGACGGCGAUUAUGUGGAAGAGACGGCAUUUGAACUGCUGCAAAGGCUUGGAUUCGGUUCUGUGCGAUUUGGAACCGAACUGGAAUCUCUGAACGAAAUCGUGCAGUUGGUUCCUGGACAAGUUUACGAAAUGAAUGGCGAUGUCUGUUCGGGAAAAACUCAGGUUCCAGGCUUUUGAAGGCUUAUAGUUUUGUGUUUGUUCAGAUUUGUUAUUCAAUCGUUUCAAAACUUUUGAAGGAAGAUGAUGAGGCGAACGUUAUGUGGAUUAGUUCGCUCCCAUUCAGAACCGAUCAUUUCAUGAAACAUGCUGGCGAAGUUUGAAUAUCUCCUUGAAAAUUUCUAGGAUUUUUAAAGGCGCAGAGUGGGUUUUCUCCUCUAGAACAUGAUUAAAUCUUUCUGAUCCUAUGAACACCCUAGCAAGAAUUCUGAACAACCUAGAAAUCUUAAAACUAUAGCCCAUCACGCGCCAGUUUGUCACGAUUUUGUUUCCUGCCGAAAAAUACCAAAUCGGAUCAAUUUUACCAUUCUUUGCUUCAAGACCUUUGUUUUUGCAGUUUUGUAGAGCCUAAUCUGGGCUUACAGUAGCUUUUUUUGCUGUUGAACGUUAAAGUCUCUCGCGCGGAGCCUGUAUAACUUUCUCGGGUUUCUCAGGAAAACAACGAGCGGCUUCUCCAAGCGACGGUAGAUGAUUAUAACCAACUGCGGGAUUUUUUGUUCAAACUUGAGGUUAUGAAGGGAAAAUAGAAAAUAUUUACGCGUCGAGAAUUUUCAGAGAGAUUUGAAAGGCACAUCGGUACGUUUGAUUAUCAUCGACAGUGUGUCUUGUAUGAUGCACGACACUGUAUGGACAGAUCACGAUGAAAGUCAGAAUUUCUGAACUGUCUUUGAAAAAUCACGAAGUUUGAGGACACCGUUGUCAAUCUAUUAUCAUCGAGAAACUCAAGAGAUUGUCGCGAUAUGAAGUGGCUAUCCUCAUGACGAGCCAUAUCGUAUGUUUUUCUGAAAGAAAAAAAAAAUUUUUUUUAUUGUUUUACUGAGGCGUUCGAAGGCGCAGAAAUCUAAAAAAAAUAGCUCUUUUUCUCGAAAUUUUUUGAAAUCUGUCUUUCCUUCAAAAAAAGUUAACUAGAACUUUUGAACUUAUUUCAUUUCGAAAAAUUUGCAAUUAACUUGAAAAAACAUCGAAAUUUCUUGCCCUUUCCAAUGGAACACUAGAGAAGCGCUAAGUGGUUACUCGAGGGGUUCUGAUGCCCCUUAAGUGUUCUCAGAAAAUACUUUCUUUUCGGUGUUUCUCUAUUAUCUCAGCUCCUAUACACUGUGAAUAUAUCCGAAUUAGUUGAAAAGUUCAUAAAAUUUGCAGUCAGCCUGUAGUUAAAUCUCUGUUGAAUGGUGAGAGUGUGAAAUAAUUGACUUAACAAAACAGUGAGCAACAUUGAAAGGCUUGAACCUCUGAAAGAAAACGUUUUCAAUGGAAAAUUUUUUAAUUUUUCUAAAUUUUGAAAACUUGCAAUAUAAAGCUUAUGAGAAAUGUUGAAGAUAUUAGAUAUGACCAAUUCAUUGUAUAGUCUAGUUUAAAAAAAACUUUCAUUUGAAACGUCCCUAGAAGAAAAAAAAAAAAAAGAAGUGUUCUAUUUGUAGACCUAUUGGGAUGGAGCUCCGAGGCCGUCGCUCGGCAAGUUUUGGGUUACUUCGUUCCCAAUGGAAAACCGAUUUUUCGUCGAAGCGUUGGCGGAUGGCCGCACGAGGUCCCUGAGUACAAUGAGAGUAUGUUCCGAGGACAAUCAUCGACAAGGAAAUCCUAUUUCUGGCCGUUUUCCAGGAAGACGAAACAGUUGACAUUGCCAAAUUCUGCAUUAGAGAUGGCGUGCUGGCGGAGAUCGAUCAGCUCUAA